AUGCGACGUUUCUCUGUCUGUUCACCUUCAAGCUAUCGUCUCAAUCCCAUAACAUCUAUGGCUACUGGAUCCGGUUCACUGAUUUGGUUCCGGAAAGGGCUUCGGAUUCACGACAAUCCGGCUCUUGAAUACGCUUCAAAAGGUUCCGAAUUUCUCUACCCGGUUUUCGUGAUUGACCCGCAUUACAUGGAGUCCGAUCCGUCUGCGUUCUCUCCCGGUUCGUCCCGCGCCGGAGUAAACCGGAUCCGGUUCUUGCUGGAGAGCCUCAAGGAUCUCGAUUCCAGCCUGAAGAAACUCGGUUCACGGUUGCUGGUUCUUAAGGGAGAACCAGGCGAAGUCAUGAUUCGUUGCUUGCAAGAGUGGAAGGUGAAGAAGCUUUGCUUUGAGUAUGAUACAGAUCCGUAUUAUCAAGCUCUAGAUGUUAAAGUUAAGGAUUAUGCUUCUUCAAGUGGAGUUGAGGUUUUCUCUCCAGUUAGCCACACUCUUUUCAAUCCCUCAGACAUUAUAGCGAAAAACGGUGGGAAGCCACCUUUGAGUUAUCAGUCAUUCCUGAAGAUUGCUGGGGAGCCUACAUGUGCCAAAUCUGAACUUGUCAUGUCUUAUUCUUCACUUCCUCCGGUUGGAGAUUAUGGAAGUCUUGGCAUUUUGGAAGUACCAACCCUUGAGGAACUUGGAUACAGAGACGAUGAACAAGCUGAAUGGACUCCUUUUAGAGGUGGCGAAUCGGAAGCUUUGAAACGAUUGAAUAAGUCUAUCAGUGAUAAGGCAUGGGUGGCAAACUUUGAGAAACCAAAGGGUGAUCCAUCUGCAUUCUUGAAGCCCGCAACUACAGUUUUGUCACCUUAUUUGAAAUUUGGGUGUCUUUCUUCGAGGUACUUUUACCAAUGCCUUCAAAGUAUUUACAAGGAUGUUAAAAAACAUACAUCGCCGCCAGUUUCUCUCCUUGGACAGUUGUUGUGGCGAGAAUUUUUCUAUACUACUGCGUUUGGAACCCCUAAUUUUGACAAAAUGAAGGGAAACCAGAUCUGCAAACAGAUUCCGUGGAAAGAGGAUCAUGAGAUGUUGUCUGCUUGGAGGGACAGUAAGACAGGAUACCCCUGGAUUGAUGCCAUCAUGGUUCAGCUUAGGAAAUGGGGUUGGAUGCACCAUCUUGCGCGUCAUUGUGUAGCCUGUUUCCUAACUCGUGGGGAUCUGUUCAUACAUUGGGAACAAGGGCGUGAUGUGUUCGAGAGACUUCUUAUUGAUUCAGACUGGGCAAUCAAUAAUGGGAACUGGAUGUGGUUAUCAUGCUCAUCCUUCUUUUACCAGUACAACCGCAUCUACUCUCCUAUAUCUUUCGGAAAGAAGUAUGAUCCUGAUGGGAAGUACAUAAAGCAUUUUCUCCCUGUACUGAAAGAUAUGCCAAAGCAGUAUAUUUAUGAGCCAUGGACAGCGCCAUUGAGCGUUCAAACUAAAGCGAAAUGCAUUGUUGGAAAGGACUACCCGAAGCCAAUGAUUUUGCACGAUUCAGCAAGCAAGGAGUGCAAGAGGAAGAUGGGUGAAACAUAUGCAUUGAACAAGAAGAUGAGUGGUAAGGUGGGAGAUGAAGAUCUGAGGGAUUUGAGGAGAAAGCUUCAGCAAGAUGAUGAACAAGUAGAGCCGAAGAUAAGGAAACAACGACCUAGACUCAACUAA